GCCUGAGUGUGUGCAGUGUGUGCGUGCGCAGAGACCAGCCCAGCGCCCGAGCCACACUUGCCUGCGCGCCGACCAGAAAAAUCUCCCCGCCUUUUCGUUGCGCAGAGGAAAAGACCUUGAAGCCAGGACUGUCUCUCCCUCUCCCCUUCAUCCACCAAACCACCAGAACUCAUCAUUCAAAAUGGCUCCCGCCGCGUCUGGUGCUAAGAAGCAGAAGAAGAAGUGGUCCAAGGGCAAGGUCAAGGACAAGGCCCAGCACGCCGUCAUCCUUGACAAGUCCACUUCCGACAAGCUUUACAAGGACGUCCAGUCCUACCGCCUUGUCACCGUCGCCACCCUCGUCGACCGUCUCAAGAUCAACGGCUCGCUUGCCCGCCGCUGCCUCAAGGACCUCGAGGAGAAGGGUCAGAUCAAGCAGGUUGUUGGACACAGCAAGAUGAAGAUCUACACCCGUGCCAUUGGCGCUGACGAGUAAACGUCCAAACACCUGGCGAUUCUCUUGACAUGGCGGACCGGCAGACUUGAAAAGGUGGUUCGUCAGCGACAAGAAGGGGUUUGACUUUUUUGAUCGGGCUACGUCUCUGGUGGGAAUGGUCAAUCUUUGCAUGCACAAUGCACACGGUGUAGCAAUUUAGUGGGAGGGGAAUCGGGAAGUGCUCCUCAGAUUCUUUACACAAUCACACUGGGAUUUUGCAUCGAUCGGAAGAUACGAACGGAACGACCAAGAUCACGACAAACGAACGGGGCAGACUCGCCUCCUAUCUGCCUGGGAAAGAGCUGUACCCGAGUUCGAUGCUUACGUGCAAGCCGUGUGUGUGCGCGCCUAGUCCGAUGGGAACAGCUUGUCACGAGCAGUUCUCUAUGAUACCCCAAUCCAUGGAGAAGGACAAGAAGGACUAGAGGCGGUAGAAUAGGAAACUAAUUCACUGCCUCAAAGCAA